AUGCUCCACGAGGUCCUCCUCGCCCUCAGCGGGCAUCCCUCGCCGCUGUUCCCUGCGACUGCACCGCCCGGCCGAUCGUCUGACGCCUUUGUAGACAAAGAUUUCCCACUCUUGUCAUCAUCAGAAGCGGCUUUAUUGGCGACGGUUGGCAAGCUCGCCAGUCUGCAUCGUCAAAUUCGAGACCACGCAAAUCGCAUUGUUUCGCAACAUCCUUCAACCAUCUGUCGUGCCGUAGCUGCUUCAUUGCUGCAAGUCCAUCUUGCACGCUUCCGUGAAAAGAUUCUUGAUGUCGAGAGGCAGAUCUUGACCAAGGAUGCUGCCAUAGUGGGUGCAUACAACAUUGUACCCCUCUCUGCAGUCGUCGGCGCGUUUGAUGAGUGGAAUCGUCGCAUGGACUGGUAUUGGAGUCUUGCAUGCUUCAUACAGCCUCUAGACACGAUCAAAUCUGAUCAAGCAACCGGAGCUGGACUUAUCGAUCAUCUGCGGUCAGAGCUGCAAACCGGUUUUCCCGACAUUGGAACCGCAGCAACAGAGUUGAGUUGCGUCGCUGACAAGGCCUGGCUGAAACAGGUGUCUGUGUGGCUGCUGUACGGCUUGCUUCCAAGCCAAGGCGUUGAGGACUUCUUUGUCUCCGUGCAAGAGUCUGCCGAAGGACCACCGUCAUAUGCUCUAAGACGAGAACUGCUGCCCAAACUUGUUUCGCAGCAGACUGGCAGCUCUCUGCUGUUCAUCGGAAAGUCGUUGCAUCAAGUCAAACAGCAUACACAAGGGUCAUCAGCGUCGCAGAUCCUUCAUGGUAGUGAAGAUGCAGCUCUUUUGAAUGCACAUAUUCAACUGCUGUCGUCACUAUCAUUUCCCCUGAUUUCUGCUGCAUUCUCCACCACAAUAUCCUCAAUACGUUCAUCGCUAUCGCAAAAGGUCCUCCAACGCCUACUUCCACCGGAUGAGAUCAAACUUGUGUUGAGUGUGUUCCGUCAGAUCCUGCUUCUGGACCGGGGUGAGUUUGCUGUCUUCUUGAUAUCUGAGGCGGCAGAGAGACUAGAUGCCAGAAGAGUCGAACAUGGCCGAUACUUGCAAGAACCCUCAAGUAGGGAUCUUCGCGGCGUGAUGAUGAAAGAGGGCGAAGUCAAUGAAUCACUCUCACGCACUUGGAAAGCAUUAACGUCUUUACAAACCGAGGACCUCGAAGACGACGUACUUGAGUUCGCCCGUGAGAACAUGCGUCUGGAAAUUGACACGCGACGAGCCGCCACAAGACCCUCAACCUCGGACGGAACAGCCUUGGAUGCGGCAAACUUGUCGAGCACCACGUUCAACGACCUGUUGUUUCCUGUUACCACCAUACUCACAAUGCAAAUUUGCUCUCCGCUCGACCUUUUCGUCUCCCGUGCCGACAUGGACAGGUACUCAGCACUCAACGCAUAUCUGUUGAGUCUCCGACGAGCACAUAUGCGAUUGUCCAACCUAUGGCGAGAAUCAGGUUCACGUCGUGCAGCUGCAAAUCCAGCUCGCCUUAGUGCAGAAGCAAAACGGGUCGCCCACGCUCGUAGCAUUUCUCAACGCAAGGUCUGGGCUACAUGUAGUGCAGCUGUCUUUUUGCUGUCAGAAACCACGGCAUACUUUGAGGGUGAGCUGAUCACGAGCUCAUGGGACACUUUCUACUCGUGGGCCACGGCUCAGCAUCACGACCCUGAGACUUUGGGACGUGCCCAUCGCUCAUUCCUCGCUGCACUGUCCUAUGUAAUAUUGCUCACCGACACAGUCUACACGCGAUCCCUUCGUGACUUACUCACACACAUCGACGCUCUGGUCGCCCUGUUUGGUCGCCUUCAACGGCUUCAACAAACAUCCAGUCUUGGUUUAGGUGGCACAGACUUCCUCGACGAUGAAGAAGGAGAGGUAGCACGUGAACUCGACCGUUCCCGCAAACGUGUCGACACUGCCCUCAAAGACGUGGUUGCCAGGUUGCGUCAAUUGGACCAUGAGCGGUUGGGUGCUGCCAGAUACCUCCAACUGGACACUCAAGACACGGGUUUCGAGGUGUGGCGUGGCGGGGGUGUGGAUAGACUGCUGAUGAAACUAGACUUUGGCAGGAUGACUGGUGGUGAAGAGUAUAUUGACUAG